AACAAUUCUGCCCUUCUGCCCUGUUAUUGUUUAUACGCGAAAACCAUUGCGUCAUUAAAGUUUAAAUAUAGUAAAUAAAAUAGUAUGCAUACAUACUGAGGGAGGUGUCUGAAGCGUGUUUGCAGAAAUUAGUGACAAGAUAAGGAGGUUGAUUUUAGAUUAAAUCAGGGGCAAAACAGUUUCCAGUUGAUAUUUGUAACAGCAUGAUGUUAAAAAAUAUAGUGAAAGCCAGUGUUAGUUUUUCGUUAAGACCUGGAAAUAUAACAAAUUUGCAAAAUCAUGCUAUUUGCUCAUCGGGUUUUUCUGUGCUGACUAGGCGAAAUGUGGGCUUACAACAUGGACAAUCCGAUCCAUCGUAUGCCGGCACAAUGGCAGAGGUGAAGACCAAAAUAAUGGAACGCUUGGGUUUGGAGCAAGGUUAUACACCAAUACCAAAACAUAGAGAACACCUGCUUAAAUAUGAACCUAAACUGAGUGACUUGGUGCCACGUUCUAUGCAAGAUUCUUUCACCUCGGCCAUUCUACCAUUGUCCUCUGAUAAAUCUCUGCAAGAUAAGUAUGUAGCCUUUUUGGGUCAUGUACGCAUGGGACGCUUAAUGGAAGACAUGGAUAUGUUUGCAGUGUGGGUUUGUCAUCAACAUGUUAAGAUGAACAAUCUUCCGGAAAAUGUGCCUCUUCCCUAUACAUUUGUCACUAUACUGGUAGAUAAGAUAACAUUCAGCGAUUUCCGAACAAAGGCCACCGAGGAUAUACGUUUGUCUGGCCAUGUAUCCUGGGUGGGCAAAAGUUCCAUGGAAAUUGUUGUUUGGCUAGAGCAAAUGGAAGGCGGAGUUUGGCAUAAAAUCACCAGAGCUUUGUUCCUUAUGGCCGCACGUAAUGCCACCAACACAAGUGCUUCACCGGUAAAUCCCAUUGAACCGGCCAAUGAAGAGGAAAAGAAAAUUUUAGAUGGCGGUGUAUUGCGUAAAAAACGUAGGCAACUUUUGCAAGCAUCUUCCAUAUUUAAGUGCGAGCCAAAUGAUUAUGAGCAAUCGCUUAUGUAUGACCUGUACAAAAGGACAACACCACAAACUACCAUGGAACUAAAUGUACGAGUUCUACCGCCCAAUUGCCGUUGGAUGUCGGAUUCAUCGGUGACCAAUACUAUGGCUUCAUUUCCGGAAAAUCGCAAUGCUCACAAUAAGGUUUUUGGCGGCUUUCUAAUGCGCAAUGCCUUGGAGAUAAGCUGGGUGGGUGCAAAUCUCUAUUGUAAAAGUCGUCCUAAACUGGAACACAUUUGUGACAUUAGUUUCGAGAAACCUGUAAGUGUGAACUCCUUUAUAAAGAUGACCGCCUAUGUGGUGUAUACCGAGGUGAAUUAUGUGCAAAUGAUGACAGUGGCCGAUGUUAUUGAUUCCGGUACGGGAGACCAAUUGACUUCGAAUGUGUUCUACUACACCUUUGCGGCACAGGAUGAAGUACCAGAAGUUUUGCCCAGAUCAUAUCAUGAAACCAUGUGGUACAUUCAAGGACGUCGUAAAUUCAAAUAUGCUUUGGGUUUGGAAUAGGCCAUUUAAAGGCUAAAGUUACUUUGCUAAACAAACACAUACACACACACACACACAUUGAUAUUACAACAAACCUUUAUGAGAAGCAGUAAAAGUAUUAAUCCUUGUCGAAUCUUGUUUUUUUUUUUGUAAUUGGUAUUAAAAUUUAUUUAUUUUGUUUGAAUAUGAAACUUGAAAGAUGUCUAGAAAAAUUUACUCAUGUCUUAAUUCCGAUUCAUUAAUGUGUAGUAAAUGUUCCAAUGUAAAUUAGCCACAUAUGGAAGCUAUUAAAAUAAAUAGGAAUUUAGUUUACUGUAUGUAUGUUUGCCACACCAGAAUUUAUUUUGUAUAAAUUAUAAAAAUCGAUAUUAUUUUCUUAUUUUUCUCUUUAAGAGAAGGUACUUAAUGGUUUAACUAAUGUAAUAACCUAAUUGCAAACCAAAUGUUCGAAAAAUGAUUGUUACUAAAAUACAAAUCUAAUGGAAUCAUGUAAA